AGUGACAUCACUUUCCAGAAUUCCCCUUCAGUACGGUUUGAGCGACGAAGAGAGCAAAACAGAGAGAAACAGGAGUCUGCCGCUGUCUGAGAUUCACGAGUGUUUGUGCUGAUAUACCUACCAAGACAUUAAAGGAUGUCUCUGUAUCCGUCUCUCGAGGACCUAAAGGUCGACAAGGUCAUCAAGGCCCAGGCACAGUUUGCCCAGACCACCACCCCCAUGCCUGCCAUCACUGAGGGAACCUACCAGCCUCAGCCUGUUACUGCUGGGAUGCCAGGAUCAAGCUUGUACCCAAAUCUGGAGGAGCUGGGAGACUACAUGGGCCUGGCCCUCAACAGUGAUGAAGUCCAGAGGAACCUGGCCCUGGUGCCUGUGGCUGACAAUCAAGUGGCAGUGCCGUCCAGCUCGGGUGUCGGGGGGAUGGUGCGGCCUGUGACGGGGGCAGACGUUGGCAUCAGGCGGGCCGAGAUCCGGCCAGGGUUGCGUGAGAUUAUACUCUGUAAGGACCAGGAGGGGAAGGUGGGACUCCGGCUGAGGGCCAUCGACAACGGAGUGUUUGUCCAGCUGGUGCAGGCUAACUCCCCCGCGGCCCUGGCUGGGCUGCGUUUUGGGGACCAAGUUCUUCAGAUCAACGGGCAGAACUGUGCCGGCUGGAGCGUAGACAAGGCCCACAAGGCCCUGAAGGCUGCAGCUGAGACCCGCAUUGAGCUCGUGGUCAGGGACAGGCCAUUUCAGCGCACUGUCACCAUGCACAAAGACAGCUCAGGCCACGUGGGCUUUAUCUACAAGUCUGGCAAAAUCACCUCACUGGUCAAGGAUGGCUCUGCUGCCCGCAACGGUCUGCUGACUGAGCAUUACAUCUGUGAAAUCAAUGGACAAAAUGUUAUUGGACUCAAGGAUUCUCAGAUAAAGGAUAUUCUGAGCACCUCUCCCACCGCCAUGACCAUCACCAUCAUGCCCAAGUUCAUCUAUGAACACAUGAUUAAGAGGAUGUCCACGGGUCUCCUGCGGUCAGCCAUGGAUCACUCUGUCCCAGAGGUGUGAAGACCAGGAACAGGACUGCAAACUGUCAGGAUGUCUACAAUACAGAGAUAUCUCUCUUGUUCUCUCUCUCUCUCUCCCUCUCUCUCUCUCUCUCUCCCUUUUCCGUACUUGGAUCUUUUAUCUGUCUCUCUCUCUCUUUCUGUCUUCAUACCAAAUCACCUCCUGCAUCACAAUCAUCAUCGCUGCCGUUUCUCAUCUCUCUUAACAUAAUCUGAAAAGGCCUUUUUUUUCUAUUCUUCAGUUGUUCAGUAUCAUCUUUACAUUUUCCUCAUCUCUGUUGACAUUUGUACUUUUUCUAUGUUAACCUUGUAGUCUGAUUACAUGUUUACUUUUACUCGUUUUGUAUUUGAGAUCAAGGACAGUACAAAAUGUUUUUUUUAAGCCAUGCACACUAUCAUGAGUCCAGAGCUUCCUCCUCAGUGUGGAGAUGAACCGUUGGCACGUGACGUUUCACCUUGUCAAAAUGCUGUAAAAGCCAGUGGUUGGUCAUCAGAAUCCUACAGUACCAUGUAGAUUACGGCUGCGCUCUCAGUCCCUGCACUUGGCCCGCAAUGUGUGUACAUAAAUAAUCCGAGCUGAGCUAACACCUGGGGCCUCAUGUGAAAAAGUUUGCUGACUUUGACUUUGCUGACUUCUUGAUUCCAGCCUAUAGUCACUUUUACUUGGCCAGUAAAACUAAUAGGUUUUAGCAAAGGAGUUGUUUUUAGUUUACACCAUAUAUUGGUGAAAAUUAGAGUUGAUUUUGGCAUCAAGAUUUUUUUUUAAAUUUUUUUUGGUUAACACGCAACAUUUAUAGAUCUUAGACUCUAACAUGUAAGUGAGAGAUACGAAGUAGCUGUUUCCACCUUCUCCAAGAGAUGGCGAUGUAUCAUUGCAUCACAUUUCCUGUCUCCGCGGGCAGAUGCCAUGAUGAGAAAUUCAUAGGUACUGGGAACACUGUGUGCACAUUCCAGGGGAAAGUGUAGGGAAGAGGGCAGUGGUAGAUGUUUGUUGCCCUAUGCAGCUGAGACCUGGCCCUGUCCACAGACAUUAUGGGAACCAUGGGAUGGUGAAAGGCACAGGUAAUCAAGAUCCUAGCUCCGCGUGUGAGUGUUUGAUACGCUUCCAUGGCUUCAGACUGAAAUUUUGAAGGGAAUUGUUGGUAUUUGUUUGGACAGGGUCUGUGCUGGGCAGACCCACUAAGUGCACUUUCCACUACCUUUUAAGAGGUUGACUUUCCUGUAUCCAUUUCAGCAGUUAAAUCCAGUAGUCGUGUUUGUGGUGCCUCAUGUUAACGAGAGAACUCAUGAAAACAAACUUGUGUGUUAAAUAUCGUAAACUGCUCAGAUUUGAUGCUGAAAAUCAUCUGCUCAAAUGAAAAGGCAUUUAAAUUCCACAUCAUGGGCUUAGCCAAUGAACCUGCUCUCCUCUGCAAAGAGUUGUCAGCGGACUUCCCCCUCUGUAAUAUUCCUUCUUUGACUGUUGAGCACAGUGAGACCGAGCUGAGCUCACAGUUGUGAAUUUCUACUUGUUAUAUAGAGUUGCUCCUUUUAAUGCUGUUCAUGUUUGGAUGCAUGUAUUCCUUUAAUUUUCUAGGUAUGCAAUCUGAUAAACAUCACUGUCAUUCUGUAAAAAAAAAAAAAAAACAGUUAGAAAAACCUAAAA